CGCGCUCGGAGCUCGGAGUGAUGAGGAGCAGAUGAAGAUGAGGAUGUUUGAGGCUCUCAGGUGGAUCUAAUGAGCGCGGACUCCAGCCGGACCCGGAUCUCAUCGGUUUGGACUCAGCGAAGCUUCGCCCGCAGACUAUGCCACCAUGAACCUGACGCUGAGCGCCGAGUCCGGGUCGUUCCUGACCGACAGCUCCCCGGGGAUGCGAGCCAAUCCCGUCACAGCGUUCGUCCCACACGACCUCCACGCCCCCAAUGACUCGCAAGCCUCCAAUCAGAGCGGAAACGGCUCUCUCGAGUCGCCCGAUCCGCCCGGGGGACACUCGGCCUGGCAGAUCGUGAUGAUCGUGUUCUUGUGCGGCUCGCUGUCUCUGGUCACCAUCACCGGGAACAUCCUGGUCCUGGUGUCCUUCAAAGUCAACAAGCAGUUAAAAACGGUGAAUAACUACUAUCUUCUGAGCCUGGCCUUCGCCGACCUCAUCAUCGGCGUGCUUUCGAUGAACCUCUACACCACGUACAUCAUCAUGGACCACUGGGCGCUGGGGAACUGGGCCUGCGAUCUGUGGCUGGCCAUCGAUUACGUGGCUAGUAACGCUUCGGUGAUGAACCUGCUGGUCAUCAGCUUCGACCGCUACUUCUCCGUCACCCGCCCGCUGACCUACAGAGCCAAGCGCACCACUAAGAGAGCCAUGACCAUGAUCGGACUGGCCUGGUCCAUUUCCUUCAUCCUCUGGGCCCCGGCUAUCCUCUUCUGGCAGUAUUUCGUGGGAGAGCGGACGGUUCCUCCGGACGAGUGCUACAUCCAGUUCCUCUCGGAGCCCAUCACCACGUUCUGCACGGCGAUAGCUGCUUUCUAUCUGCCCGUGACCAUCAUGACCGUCCUCUACUGGAGGAUCUACAAGGAGACGGAGAACCGCUCCAAAGAGCUCGCCGGACUCAAGGGUUCAGGGAACCAAGGCAGUCCGGAGGAGUCCGUGCAGAAAGGCGUGGGGAAUCCCGGAAGCUCUCGCAGUUACGAGCUCCACCAGAGAGGCUCGGGGAGAACCAGGACCGGGGGGUUUUGGUUCUGGCCGCUGAGUCGUAAAGCUCGGAGGAGUCAGGGCAGCGAGACGGACCGCUCCAGCAGCGACAGCUGGAAUAACAACGAAACCGCCCUGUCCCUCGACCAGUCGGAGGAGGAGGAGGAGGAAGACGGAGAAGCCGUGUACUCCAUCUCCGAGAACCUCCAGCAAGACGCCAAGCCUUCCAGAAAGGGACUGGACUCCAAAGAUCAAGCCGACGGCAAACGCGCCGCCUGCAAGACCAAGACGCAGGUCAACAAGCGCAAGAAGGUGUCUCUGGUGAAGGAGAAGAAGGCGGCGCAGACGCUGAGCGCCAUCCUCCUGGCCUUCAUCAUCACCUGGACGCCGUACAACAUCAUGGUCCUGGUCAACGCCUUCUGUGAUGAGUGCAUCCCCGAGACGCUCUGGGCGCUGGGAUACUGGCUGUGCUACGUCAACAGCACCGUCAACCCCAUGUGCUACGCCCUCUGCAACAAGACCUUCCGCACCACCUUCAGAUCCAUCCUGCUGUGUCGCCUGCAGACGAGUAAAGCCACCAAACCUCACAAACCCCCCGCUCACCGGAGACACAGCCCCGCAGACAACUAGAGCUUCUCAAGCAUUACUCGCUUCCCGAAUAAUAGUUCACGUGUGUGUGUGUGUGUGUGUGUGUGUGUACUUUUAUUACGUGCAUGUAAACAAAUACACACGCGUGCAGGUAUUCGAGAAAAAUGAUACAAUAACAAUAAUAAUAAUAAUAAUACAUACUAGCUGUCAGACGAUUAAUUGUGAUUAAUCACAUCCAAAAUAUCCGUUUUAAAUAAAU